CCCUCUGAUUGGUUGGCAGCCGCGCCGUUGAACCGUCUGGUGGUUGUCGUCCGGCUCGGCGCACAGGAGUGCCCGUGUGACAGUGGGGCUGCCGCGGAGCCUCUUCUCUGGAUUGGCAGAACAAUCGAUGCGGCCGGAGCCGAGCGCAUGAAGGAGGAGAAAAUGAAUGUGGAGGCUCUGAGCAGAGGGGAGCUGCUGACUCUCCUCAGUAUCUUGGAGGGAGAGCUGGAGGCCCAGGACGUGGUCAUACACUCCCUCAGGGCUCAACACAGAGAUGCUUUCAUCCAGGAGCGCUACGGCCACUAUGACCUCAGCGAUCCAUUCCUGGCGCUGCAGCGGGACAACGAGGCCGCGGAGCGCCAAGGCACACCCGAACAUGGUCACACACACCUGCAGGGUCGGGCAGUGGGCCCGAAUCCUCUGGCUGUCCUCAAACUGGUCAUGGCUCACUGCAAGAGGAUGCAGGACAGGAUGAUGGGGCAGCUGGCUGCUGCUGAGAGAAGACACAGGAGGAUUAUAGCAGAUCUGGAGGAGGAGAAGCGACUGCGUGCCCAGGACUCUGCACAGAGUGACGAUUUCGCCGACAUGCUGCAGACAGAAAGAACCAAGCUGCUGCAACAGCUGGACGCGGAGCGGGCAAGUGUGCGGAGGUUGGAGAAGGAACAAGCACAGUUGGUGAACAAGGUGGAAGAGUCGCUGUCCCAGCAGCAGCAGCUCUCCUCCACCCUGAGCCAGGAGCUCCAGAAAGCCAGCGGCCAGGCUCACGAGGAGGCAGAGAAGGUCUCCCAACUCCGCGCCUUGCUCCAGGAGGAGACCGGCACUCUGGAGAGGCUCCGGGGGGUUCUCGACAAUGAGAAGAGCCGGGCAGCCCAGCUCGAGGCCAGGUCUGAGAGGCAGCUGGCCGAGUUUGACACAGAACGAGAGCAGAUGAAAGCCAGGGUCAGCAAGGAGGAGGCGAGGAGUAGGGAGCUGGAGAGACAGGUGGAGGAGCUGAGGAAGAGGUUGGCCGAGUCUGAAGGAGGUAAAGAAGGGGUAAGGGAGACUGUGACCGAGGCGACAGAGUCGCUUUCCGAGAUGGUGAUGGUGUCCACCUCUGCUCAGACUCUACCGGACGGAAUAGUAACUGUCACUCCUAAAUCCACCCCACUGUCAAAGGUCAAUGGCCAUCACAGUCACAAAGAGACCGAAACAACACAGGAGGGGAGGGGAGCAGAAAAUGGAGGAGUGGUGGAGAAUGGGGGCGCAGCGCCUUUGCAUUCCCCUCUUCACCAUCACCCUCACUCUCCCUCCAGCACAGCCUCCUCUUCCCUCUCCUCUUCCCCCAUCUCCUCCCCCGUUCUUGCCAAACGCCUGGGCAGCCCGGGCUUCCAUCAGUCCUCCUACCAGGCUGGAGUCAACCAGCGCUUCCAUGCUGCCAGGCACAAGUUCCAGAGCCAGGCUGAGCUGGAGCAGCAUCAGCAAGGUGGCCCCCUUUCCCCCAGGGACCUCUCCCCCACCACCUCCUCCAUUCCUCCCCCACCAGAGCACAGCACGGCUAAGCAGCUGGCCCGCAACACCGUCACUCAGGUGCUGUCCCGCUUCACCAGCCAGCAGGCUGGAGUCAAGCUGGCCCCACUGAGCAGCUCUCCGUUCGGUACAGACUACCGCACUCUGGCAGCGUCUCCUCCUGGGGGGAGGUCGCCCUCUUCAGGGCCCCUAUCUCCAGGCAUCCGCUCCCCCCUCACGCCGCGCUCUGACAGGACCCAUCCUCCUCCGAUUCCUCCCAAGAAGCCGGGCAUGAGUCCAACCCCGGGAUCCCCCAUUCACUCUGCUCGCACCAGCCUCUUCCCAGAGCUGACGGGAAACUGUGGGCACAGCAACACUGGCCAGGAGGGAGCCAAGGAGCCAGACCUGGUUUUAUCUUCUAGCAGCUAACGGCCAGAUCGUACAAACUCACUAAUACGCCCGGCCUUAAGCAACACUUAGGGUAUCGUUCAUCUUCUGCUAGCCCUUGAGCCCACUUCAGAGCACUCCGAAUCAGUAGAUAUUUCAAAGCUGGACUGGUUGAAACGGAUGCAUUCAAGAUUUUUGUUGCACCCCUACCUCUUAUGCCACAACUUGAGAGAAACAAUUGGAAAAUUUAUAGUAUAGUAUAUUAUGGAUUAUUUCAUUGAGCUAUAUCAACUUGCCUGUCUUUAUUACUUCAUGUAGAGUAAUUGAGUUUGAAAAUUUAGAAUGACACUAUUUAUCUCAGUUAUUUUCCACUUUGACCCUAUAUUAGGGGUGUUGAGAAACCAUAUAUAGAGAGACCUGUUGACUUUGAAGAAAGAAAUGUCGGUGGGAUUUCACUGCACAACACUCUUUUCCCUUAAUGCUCAAACUGCCAGUCCUGUUAGAAAAUAAAAAAAGACUUCAGUCAGACACAAAAGUGUAUAGCUAGUAGAAGGGCUAAAAUACGUGGAUGUAGAGUAUAGGAAAUGUGUAGCUAUCACUUUUUCCACUAUAAAAUAGUAAGUUUUAAAUGUUUUGUGGCCCAAUCAAUUCUUAUGCAGUUAUUGUGGAGAUCGGCCAUGAAAAAUAUUAUACUGUAAAUAAUUCAAAUGAACGUUAUCACUUGCAUGUGCUGUUUUUUUUGUUUUUUUCUACUAGUCAUGAAUACACUGAAUCUUGUCUUGAAAAAGGGAGAGCACACUUUGCACUACAUUACUCUAAGCCACUAUGUCUACAAUUUUCAAAUGUUUUAUUCAGGGAAGAUAAAUUUCCGCGUCACUCAAACCAAGAAGGACCGUGCCAUGAUUGUGUGAUAAUGGUUUGGUAUUUAAGGUUUGGAUCUUACUACUGUGACCAUCGCUCCUGUAGUACGUGUGUUGUCCUAACUAUGCUAUGUUUUAUUUCUUUUAGGUUCCCUGUGUUUUAUGUUUUCUAGCUUUAAAAACCAAGAAUUCAUUUAAAGAAAUUAUUUCAAGUCUAUGGGCUUAAAUCAGCCAAUUUAUACACUGCUUUUCUGUGAGGGGCAAAGUCCCUCCGCUCUUUCGUAAAUAUGCAUAUCACGAACACCUGCGACACCUAGUGGUAUUUCAAUAAAUUACCAUGCCUUAAA